AGAAAUGUAAGCGCUGAAGUGAAGGCGGUGAGUGUUACGGGAAAUGGCUGACAGCUGCAGGAAAUCAGGAAAACGGUGUUCUGUAUUCUAUAAUUGAAGACAGAAUUUACACCGACUUACAGGCCUUGGGAUAUUUAAAUAUGUACCAAGUGUAAUGGAUGACAACUGAAAACGAUGGGGAAGAUCAGUAAGAUUCUGGUGUGUGGUCACUCAGGUGUUGGAAAGACGGCUGCUAUAGAACAGUUGAUUUAUGGGAAUCAUGUAGCUGGCAUGCCAAUGCACUCAACAAUUGAGGACAUUUAUACAGCCAUGAUAGAAACGGACCGAGGACUGAAAGAGAAAGUCAGGAUCUUUGACACAGGAGGACUGGAUGGAGUGAAAACUGAUUUACCCAGACACUACCUGACAUUUCCUGAUGUAAGUAUAUUUUGUAUGUUGAAGACAGAAAAGUUUAUUAUGUAACAUAUAAAAACACU